AUGGCAAAGAAGCUACAAAUGUGCGGAUCGGAGGAGGAGAUGCGAGAAGUAGCCGGACGUAUUUGCCGUAACUACCUCCACGGCGCCUGGAAGACGGUAGACCCGCGUGACCUGCACUUUAGAAGGAUCAGUGGCGGUUUAUCCAACUUUCUCUACUAUGUGGCGCUGCCAUCAGAUGUAGCUCGCCUUGGUGGUUACCAGCGAGAUGUGUCACCAGAGACAGAGCAAGAUAUGAGGCUGAAAAAACAGCUCAGCGCCCACUCUUUCUCGCUGGACGAGCCGAAGAAGGUCCUAUUGCGUAUCUAUGGUCAAGUUCACGGUGAACGCGCAAUGGACGCAAUUGUCACAGAGUCUGUCAUAUUCACACUGCUAUCGGAGCGACGACUGGGACCGAAGUUGCAUGGAGUUUUUUCUGGUGGAAGAAUUGAAGAGUACAUACCGGCACGCUCUCUAUUCACAAAAGAGCUAUCCGAGCCAGCCUUGUCUAUGAAAAUAGCAGAGAAAAUGGCUGCCAUUCAUUCCAUGGAGGUGCCUCUGUCGAAGGAACCCAACUGGCUGUGGAAGACGAUGGGCAAGUGGUUGAGGACCGCGCGGGAGGAACGGCUCGCCGCUACAGAAUUGAAAGGCGAAGAGCGGAAAAUAAUGGAGAGGCUACGAAUGGUGGACUGGGAGGCAGAAAUCGAAUGGGUCAAGAAACUCACGACCACCGUCAACUCGCCAGUAGUUUUCUGCCACAACGACAUGCAGGAGGGUAACAUUCUGCUGCUAGAAGAGAACGGGACAGAGAGCGCGAUAGAGGGAGACGAAGCAUCGGGCGUGUUCCUCCGGGCGGCCAGUGACGAGGAAAGCAGCGACUCAGCUGCUUCGGGUCUUUCAGACCCUGAUCCGGCGCUGGGCGAACCCCGUCUGAUGCUUAUCGACUUCGAGUACUGCGCGUAUAACUAUCGCGCGUUCGACAUUUCCAAUCAUUUUCAGGAAUGGAGUUAUGACUACACGAAUCCACAGCGCCCCUUCUACUACGAGUUUCCCGACCAGGAACCUACGCUUGAGCAAAAGGAGAUCUUCAUAAAGGAGUACUUGAAACAUUGGAGAAACGCAGGCUGGGCGGCUCGUGGUAGUGCGGCCAGUGCCGAUGUUUGCGACACACCCUCCAUCGAUGAUGUGAACCAGCUGCUCAAUGAAGUAGAUGCCUUCCAACCAGUCUGUGACCUCUUCUGGACUCUCUGGUCUAUCGUCAACGCGUCUAAAAGCCAGAUUCCCUUUGGGUACUGGGAGUUUGCGUUAUCGAGACUGGAGACAUACCAGCGGUUAAAACAAGAACUAAUAAAGAAAGAGAAAUGCGGCUUCCCGCAGAAACCCGGCCGUGACUCUACUUUAGGCUGUAUAUUCAACGGAUGGGUUGAAGCGUGGAUGACUGACAACGGUGCCCUGCAAUCAACUAUGCCCGUGAACAGCUUGUUUUGUCUCUUUCAUUCCAAUUAA